AUGACACGGUGGCCGAUGGCGGAGCUGGCGCUGCUCCUCUGCCUGCUGUGGCUGGGCAGUGCCGCCCUCCCGGCGCCUGCAGACACCCGGCUGCAGGAGGAGGGCGGCGGCGGCCAGGAGCAAGAGGAAGCAGCAGCUCUGCUGGAAAGUGCUAAAAGAAUUAGAUUAUUGAAUUCAUUAUCAAAAGAUAAUACGACUGCUGUCUAUGGAAUAAAUCAGUUUUCUCACCUAUUUCCUGAAGAGUUCAAAGCUAUUUACUUGAGAAGCAUACCUCACAAACUUCCCAGAUACGUAAAAGUGCCAAAGGGGAAGGAGAAGCCUCUGCCAAAGAAGUUUGACUGGAGGGACAAGGAAGUCAUUGCAGACGUGAGAAAUCAGCAGACAUGUGGAGGCUGCUGGGCUUUCAGCGUUGUAGGUGGCAUAGAGUCUGCCUAUGCAAUUAAAAGAAACACCCUGGAAGAGCUCAGUGUGCAGCAAGUUCUUGACUGCUCAUACAAUAACUAUGGCUGCAGCGGGGGAUCCACUGUUAGCGCUUUGAGCUGGCUGAACCAGACAAAAGUAAAACUCGUGAGAGAUUCAGAAUACACUUUUAAAGCUCAGACAGGACUGUGCCAUUAUUUUGAGCGCUCAUAUUUUGGAGUUUCAAUAACAGGAUUUGCUGCAUAUGACUUCAGUGGUCAAGAAGAGGAAAUGAUGAGGAUGCUUGUCAGCUGGGGCCCUUUGGCAGUGACAGUUGAUGCUGUUAGCUGGCAGGAUUAUCUCGGUGGAAUCAUACAAUAUCACUGCUCCAGUGGAAGAGCAAACCAUGCUGUUCUUAUCACUGGUUUUGACAGAACAGGUAGCAUCCCUUACUGGAUUGUACAGAACUCUUGGGGGCCAACAUGGGGAAUAGAUGGCUACGUUCGUGUUAAGAUAGGCAGUAAUGUCUGUGGUAUAGCAGAAACAGUUUCAGCAGUAUUUGUUUGACAUUUCUCUGGGCUUCUACAACUGGUCAAAGACCACAAGUAUCAUGAGGACAGACACUGUAUAUGAAGAUGUAAUCCAAAACAUAGUUUUCAAAUAUGAGAAAUGGCUGUAAGCAUUUCCUGCAACUGGUAGCUGAAGUUUUAAAAAAUGUUUUUAUUUGGAAUUUCUGCUGAAUGCCAAAUUUCUCAUGGAGUAAGAAGACUCAACUGCAGAGUGUUCGAAUAGUAGUUACAAAGAUGGACUGAAGUCUCAAAUGUAAGUUUUAUCCAGGUGUUGAAUACUACUCCAUAGAAAAAUUUUAAAAGGAAAGAAAUGAUGAUAAAUAAGAAGGAAUUUGGAUUAAAAAAUCAAUAGUAUAAGAGUAUAUUUGAAAUAAUUUCAAUAUGAGAAGAAUCAUGAGUAACAGUCUAGAAAGUCAGCAACCGCAGAAUAUAUCCAGUAGAGUGAAAUUUACCUCAUUAAUUGAAUUCAGAGGUGGGACUUGCUGGUAAGAAAAAGGUGUUCUAGAUUUGCUGUGCUGUGAAACUGUAUCUGUGGGCAAAUGUAACUAGAACUCACAAUGAAACAUGUAAUUCUAAAAUGCUCUGAAUUUUUCACCCUGGAAUGCUUUACCUAUAUCUUUUAAGAAGGCCUGCUAUGAAAAGUAUUGAAGCAGUUCUGUAAUUUUUGCCCUCAAUUACUGUACCAUGUUUUUGGAUUAGUUUUUUAUAACCUUUUUAUGACAAGUGUAAUGAGUAUUUAUAAUUGUCUGUUGUUAAGUGUUGCUGUUUUAGUCCUUCUAAUUGUUAAUAUGUUAAAUGAAAGGAAGAGCAAGUGUGAUGUUUCUCUACUUCAGGUUUUGCUGCUUACCAAAUUUACUUGGUUGAAGACUUCAGUUUUAAAAAAUGUGAAGUCUGUAUUCUGAGUGUUGUGUAGUCUGGCCUUCUCUGAGUGGCUUACAAACAGCAGAUAACACACUUCCAUAACUGGAAAACAAAGUCCCUGAUGGCCACAAAUAAGAGUGAUGUAGUCAUAGCAAUAUGAAACAGAGAUGUCCCUCCAGUGGUUUUGAGGUGCUACGGCCAGGUGUAAGUACCUGAAGUGCUGUGGUAGAGAGAACAUACCAGAAACUCCAGCCUACAGUGUUUGUGUCUUUCCAAAAGAAGCACUUAAAAAGACUGAAGUCCAUUUAAUGAGAAGAUGACACUACUUUAUCAAUAUUCUAUAGCCAAAGUUGCCUUUUUAUUGUAUACCAAUUUGAAUAAAAAUCACUUUAAAUGCC